CGCUUCAAGGUUAUUACAACGUUAAUUAGAAAAUGAUUCAGCACGUCGUAUUUUUUAUCUAUUUUGUAACGUAAAAUUUUUAGUAAAUAAUAAUAAGUGAUUUCAGUAUCGUUAACAACUAGAAACUAUUUAUAUGAACAGUGUUCUUUUUUAUCGAUUUAAUAAUUUAUUAGGAUUACGCACUAUCCACAUAUCAAGUACAAAAAGUGAUGGUUAGUAAUGAUAGCAAUCAAACGAGCAUUCAUGCUGGAACAAUUACGGAAGUAUACGAUGUACCAAUGUCGGUAAUUAUUAGGCCAUUUCCGCCGGAAGUUAACGAAGAGAAAGUGCGAUCCCUGAUGGAAACUAUUUCCAAUCCCGAUACAGCCCAUCUGGUUCCACCUGUAGAUAUUUUGUGGAUAAUAGGGCGCGAAGGGGGAAACUAUUACUACAGUUUUGGAGGUUGCCAUCGAUACACGGCACAUAAAAAACUGAACAAAGAAACGAUUAAAGCAAAAUUAGUAAAAUCGACCGUAAACGAUUUGAAAUGCUAUUUAGGUUCCAGCACGCCCGAUUUGAAAUAACGUUAAUUUUUUUACACGUUCUAAGCAGUCGUAGUGUUUUUAACAAACAUUAUUAAUUCUAUUUUUAAUUGUACAUUAAUAUGGUACAUUAUGCACACAGUAAAAAUUUAUACUAAAAAUCAAAGACCACAGCGAGUACGGAAUUGAAAACGGGUAUUAUACACAGGAAGUACAUUUUGUAAAAUGAAAUAAAUAUACCACCCAUUAGAAUUUA